AUGGACUUGAACCUGGGGGCAAAGUGGAAAGUUUCGGGAUUAGUUUAUGAUGUAUAUGGUUGGUUCGAUUCAGGGUGGAUUUGGUAUCGUGCCAUUACUAGUGCUUAUUACCGAGGAGCUGUUGGUGCUUUACUUGUGUAUGAUGUGACUCGACAUUCGACAUUUGAGAGUGUUACAAGGUGGUUGAAGGAGUUAAGGGACCACACAGAUCCCAGCAUUGUUGUCAUGCUCAUUGGCAACAAAUCAGAUCUUCGACAUCUUGUGGCUGUUUCAACCGAGGAUGGUAAAACUUUAGCAGAGAGGGAGUCUCUCUACUUCAUGGAGACUUCUGCAUUGGAAGCAACCAAUGUGGAAAAUGCUUUCACGGAAGUCCUUUCUCAGAUAUACCGGAUUGUGAUAAAAAGGGCAGUUGAGGCUGGUGAUGAAGGAGCUUCUUCGUCUCUUCCAUCUAAAGGAGAGACGAUCAAUAUCAAAGACGACGUGCCUGCUUGGAAGAGAUUUGGAUGUUGUUCCAGCUAG